AUGAUUUUGAAAUGCAUUUGUGACUUUAAUUAUAUUCUGUCGCAAAUUUCCGCUCCAAAGUUCCUGUUUUCUUGUGGUGCAAGUUUCAUAAGCAUAGAUUGUGGAGCAAGCAAAGAUUACGUAGAUGAAGUAACUGGGUUGUGGUACCAGACAGAUGAAGAGUUCAUUGAAAGUGGAAUCAACUAUAAACUACCUCCGCAAGUUAACUUCUACAAUAAUCCAACCGUAGUACGACAACUAAUGACACUGAGAAGUUUUCUAGAUGGAGAAAGAAACUGUUACACUCUGAAACCAAAACAAGAGGAUCCAAAGAAGAAGCAGAAAUAUUUGAUGAGAGCCAUAUUUGCAUAUAGGAAUUAUGACUAUAUAAACCAACUUCCAGUGUUUGAUCUUUACCUGGGGGUCAAUUAUUGGGACACAGUUCAAUUGCCUAAUUCGUCUUAUUUCAAAUACUAUGAAAUAAUUAUGCAGCAAGAUGCUGCCACCGUAAACAAGGUAAGGUAUGAUAUGGGCUCUGGUCUUCCACUCUCUUCUACCAGGUUCAAGGAUGACAUGUACGACCGAUUGUGGGUGUUUGAUGAUGGUGGCCAUUAUGGUCACUUAAAAACAAGUGUAUCAAAGUUAGAAGAUUCUGUUUAUGAAUUGCCAUUGGAGAUAUUAGACACUGCAUCAAGGCCCCUAUAUAAUAAUUCCAAUGAUUUAACUGCUAAUUGGAGUUAUGAUGCAUUGAAACAAUAUUAUUUGUUUCUUCAUUUUACUAAAAUUCAAAAGCUUCCUUCUGGCCACAAGAGGAUUAUCAAUUUCACUUUUGAUGAUGAUGAAAAUUCCCAAUCUCAACAAAUCACUCUUGAAUACUCGAAGCCUCUCACCUUGCGUUCCAACAAUAUACCUAAAGGUUAUGUUAGCUUUACAGUUUCAGCAGCAGCUAAUUUAGAUUCUCCUCCUAUCCUCAAUGCCUAUGAAAUUUACCAACUUGUCCCUCAACCUAAUUCCCCUACAUAUACACAAGAUGUCAAUGCCAUCAUGGAAAUCAAACGUACUUAUGGGGUCUCUAAAACCAGUUGGCAAGGGAGUCCAUGUGUUCCAUCUAACUUUGCAUGGGAUGGUCUGAUUUGCAGCAAUGACAACAAUAUAAGGAUCAUUUCAUUUAAUGUGGAAGGAAACAAGCUCACUGGCUCAAUUCCUAAGGCUGUAAGAGAAAAGGCCAAUUUGCAGCUAAGAAUGAGAAAACUCUGUAAAAUUAGUUCAAAAGAUUGCAGGCUUUCUCUAGUAGUGUCUUUAGGCAAUAGCAUAAAUGGUUUGCAGGUUGCCACCGCCCAUGCAAAUGGCUCCUUGGAGAUUUUGCUUGCCUCCUCCAACUCUGUUGACUGGCGUUCUUCACACAAGGUGACUUUUCAUGGGGAUCCUAGUGCAAGAGUAUCCUCACAUUGGUGCCCAGGGUUCAAGGGUUAUGGCAUUUGGUCGAUUAUUCUCAUCUAA